CAAGGCUCAAUGACAGCCACAACGAGCAAGUAGAGCUCCCUCGGACUGCGCCGCCCACACACCACCGGCACCCACACAAGAAGCACCGCGGGGAGCUGGUGGGUCUGGUGCGGUGCGGCAAGUGCUCGCUGGCAAGCGAUGCUGCGCGAGGCUGCACGGAGUCGGGAUGGGCGGAGUGAUCGUCUCCAAUGCCAAGGAGUGUGGCCAGUCAACCGAUACGUUUGUCGACUCGCCAGGCAGCUUCAAUAUCCCGGUAGCCUUUGUCUCGGACAAGGCCAGCCAGGAAAUUGCUGCAAUGGGAGCGCAGAUCUCUAAGGCUGCCAGCAGCACCAGCACUGAGUCGUUUGUGUAUGUGCUGCCUCAGGGCAUCGGCCGCGUGCUGGUCAUCAUGUAUGCGACUGUGGGCGGAGUGGUCUUGGUGUCGAUGGCGUACUUUACGCUCAUCACAGCGACCAUGUUUAUGCCGCAGACUCAGCCAUUGGACGAGGAGACGCUGGAGAAGCUGCCAUUGGUAGCCGCAGAGUGGACCGACCGGGCACAGUCGGAGUCGCAUCACGUGGAGGUGUAUGAGGCGGCGGAUGCCUGGCAGGUCGUGAUCCAGCGCCAUGGCGCGGGGUCGUAUUCAUUUACCAGCGAGCAGGCGUGCGCCAUCUGCCUGGACCCGUACGUGCAUAAUGCGUGUCUGCGAGUACUGCCGUGCCGACACGCCUUCCACAAGACGUGCAUAGACGCGUGGCUGAUGUGCGACGACAUCACCUUCCACUGCCCAAUCUGCAAGGCCAGCAUUUAUGACGGCCUCCGCGAUCUAGACAGGCUGGGCUAUGGCGAAAUCCUGCGCAAAAUGCACGCUGACGAGGUCGUGCAGCAGCCCUGGGGACUUGUGUAUGUUUGUCGAGUCGCUGCAUGGGCUGGCAGGGCUUUCAAGGGCCGCCCGGGGUCCUCUGAGCACUGAGCCUGCAGCCAAUUCUGUAAUUUUUUAACUGUACAAUAAAUCCGAUGCUCGCCGCA